UGCUCUCGUACAUUGCACAAUGGACGUCAAGGAAGUCUCUAUCUCCCCCUUCUCCGAUCAGAAGCCUGGCACCUCUGGCCUCCGUAAGAAGGUCAAGGUCUUCCAGCAAAGCCACUACUCCGAGGCUUUCAUCGCCUCUAUCCUCCUCUCCAUCCCCGAAGGCGCCGAAGGGAGCUCCCUCGUCAUCGGUGGAGAUGGUCGCUACUGGAAUCCGGAGGUGACGCAGCUCAUCGCGAAGAUUGGAGCUGCAUAUGGUGUCAAGAAGCUCGUGAUCGGUCAGCAUGGCAUUCUCAGCACUCCGGCUGCCAGCCAUGUCAUCCGCAAGAUGAAGGCCACUGGAGGGAUCCUCCUGACGGCCAGCCACAAUCCUGGCGGUCCCACCGAGGACUUCGGCAUCAAGUACAACCUUUCGAACGGAGCUCCGGCCCCCGAAUCGGUCACUAAUAAAAUGUUCUCCACCUCCAAAGAUCUCACCUCCUACAAGAUCGCCAACAUCCCCGACAUUGACAUCGACAACAUCGGGUCCAAGACAUACGGCCCGCUCGAGGUCGAGAUCAUUCACAGCACCGACCUGUACGUGAAAAUGCUGAAGGACAUCUUCGACUUUGCCCUCAUCAAGGACUUUCUGUCCUCCCACCCCGACUUCAAAGUCCUGUUCGACGGCCUGUCCGGCGUGACCGGUCCGUACGGCGUCGAGAUCUUCGAGAAGGAGCUCGGCAUCAAGGGCAGCACGCAGAACUGCAUCCCGAAGCCCGACUUCGGCGGGCAUCACCCCGACCCCAACUUGGUCUACGCCAAGAGCCUGGUCGACGCCGUCGACAAGAACGGCAUCCACUUCGGCGCUGCAUCCGAUGGCGAUGGUGACCGCAACAUGAUCUACGGUGCCAACGCCUUCGUCUCACCGGGCGACUCCCUCGCCAUCAUCGCACACCACGCCGACCUGAUCCCCUACUUCAAGAAACAAGGCGUCUACGGCCUCGCCCGGUCUAUGCCCACCUCCCGCGCCGUCGACCUCGUCGCCAAAGCCCGCGGCCUCGAAUGCUACGAAGUCCCCACCGGCUGGAAAUUCUUCUGCGGCCUCUUCGACGCCGACAAGAUGAACAUCUGCGGCGAGGAAUCCUUCGGCACCGGCGCCAACCACGUGCGCGAGAAGGACGGCCUCUGGGCCGUCGUGGCUUGGCUGAACAUCCUCGCCGGCGUGGGCCAGAAGACGGGCAAGACCCCGAGCAUUAAGGACGUCCAGAUGGACUUCUGGACGACGUACGGCCGCACCUUCUUCACCCGAUACGACUACGAGAACGUCGAUUCCGAGGGCGCGAACAAGGUGGUUGCCCUAAUGCGGGAGCGCAUCACCUCGCCUGGUCGCGACACCUUCGUCGGCUCGACCGUGGCGGGCAAGAAGGUCAUCGAGGCGGACGACUUCGCGUACACCGACCUGGAUGGAUCCGUCAGCAAGAACCAGGGCAUCUACGUCAAGUUCGACGACGGCACGCGCAUCGUCGUGCGCUUGUCAGGGACGGGAAGCAGCGGCGCGACUAUCCGUCUGUACAUCGAGAAGCACACCAGCGACGCGAGCGCGUAUCCGUUGGAUGCGCAGGACUUCUUGAAGACGGAGGUCAAGAUGGCCACCGAGCUGCUGAGCUUGAAGGAAUUCGUCGGUCGCGACGAGCCGGAUGUUAAGACCUAGGUCCUUGCUAGGGCUGCCGCUCUGCUCCAAGUGCCUGUAUCCACUGCAAUCCACGGAGGAUGGAAUCAAUAGAAUGGGAUAUGUUAUACGACUGAUGCGGCAUGAACCUAAAAGUUGUAAUUAAUUGAGCGAGCAGGAUGUUAUGAUACAAAAUUGUUUCAUGUGAAGCCAACGUAAGAACUGGGUGUGAUGUUUGUGCGUUUAUCCCCAUUGCUAGAUACCUCUGGCGUAUUCCCUGAGACAUGUGCGGUUGAGAUACGACAGUACGUGAAUUUGCCUAUAUACAACUAUCGUAAAUAAAUGCAUGUCGUCACCACCCCUGUC